AUGGGUCAGAUACUUUCGAAUCCUGUGAUAGAUAAAGAACAUCAUUCCGGUGCGGAUACUCUAUCUGCAUUUGGGUUAUGUGCUAUGCAAGGUUGGAGAAUGUCAAUGGAAGAUGCUCACAUUGUAGAAUUAAAUACUUUAUCAGAAGAUGAUACAAGAGACCAUAUUGCAUUAUAUAGUAUCUUUGAUGGUCAUGGUGGAUCUGCUGUUGCACAAUUUGCUGGCUCCAAAAUGACUCAAAUUUUUCAAGAACAAAAAAGUUUUAAAGAAAAUAAAUUAAGUCAAUUGUUUAUUGAUACUUAUUUAGAGACAGAUCAAGCUAUAUUAAAAGAUCCUGUCUUACAAAAUGAUCAUAGUGGUUGUACUGCAACAUCUUUGUUAAUUUCAAAAAAACAAAAUAAAAUUGUUUGUGGUAAUUCAGGUGAUUCACGUACCGUUUUAUCAACUUCAGGUAAUGCUAAAGCUUUAUCUUAUGAUCAUAAACCAACUUUAAUCUCUGAAAGAUCUCGUAUUUAUGCAGCUGAUGGAUUUGUUGAAAUGGAUCGUGUUAAUGGUAAUUUAGCACUUUCUCGUGCAAUUGGUGAUUUUGAAUUUAAAAAAAAUGACAAAUUAGGUCCUCACGAACAAGUAGUUACUUGUGUUCCAGAUAUAUUUGAACAUCAAUUAAAUUAUAAUGAUGAUGAAUUUGUUAUUUUAGCAUGUGAUGGUAUUUGGGAUUGUCUUUCUUCUCAAGAAUGUGUUGAUUUAGUACUUCAUGGGAUUAAUCUUGGUGAUAUGUCAUUAAAUGAUAUUGCAUCACGUAUCGUUGAUGUAUGUUGUUCUCCAACUACUGAAGGUACAGGAAUUGGUUGUGAUAAUAUGAGUAUUACAAUUGUUGCAUUAUUAAAAGAUGAAGAAACUGUUGAUCAAUGGUUUGAUAGAAUAAGAGCUAAAAAUCACACAAGACCAAUCUCUUUUGCUUUAAAGAGAAAAGUUAUCUAUAAUUAUUUUGAAUUCCCAGAAGAUGAAACUCAUAUAUUCGAUAUUACUACAAAGAAACCACAAGAACGUUUCAAUAGAAAUAAUCAUGAUAAUGAUCUUGAUAAUGCAAUGGAAGUCGAUGAUACUGAUGCUGAUGAAGAAAAUAGUGGUAGAGCAGUUGCUAGUGGUGCAGGAGGCCCAUCUUUAAAUGGGUUUCCUUUGGAAGCUUUAUUAGGUAGCGGAAUUACUAUAUCUCAAGGUCCAGAUAAUACUCCAUAUUUAAGUGGGAAUCUAAGUGAUAUGCUAGCAUCUUUCAGAAACCACUAUGCUACAGGUGGUGCCGGUGCUGCUACUUCAUCAAUUGAAGAUGAUGAAAAUGAAGACGAAGAUGAUGCAAUGAAUGCUAAUGACAAUAAUGAGCCAUCAACCUCAAAUGAUACCAAGAAUUAA